UCUAUUGUAGUGUUGUGUACUUAUUUACAACUUUUGAUAGUGCAAUCCUGUUAAACAUGAACUUUUUUAACAUUCCAGAUGAAUUUAAAAAAAAUCCAGAACUAAAUGAAGAAGAUUUAAAUCAUCUCAGAGAAUGGAUAUCCAAACAACCACACUUACCAAUAGUAACGGACGAACUCCUCGUGCUAUUCUUACAUAGUUGUUUUUAUCGAUUGGAACCGACGAAAGUAACCAUAGAGUCAUAUUUCACUCUUCGCACUCAUUCGCCCGAAUUAUUCACAAAACGUGAUACCGAUGUAAAAUCUGUGUUGGAAGCAUUUAAAACUAUAUCAUUUUGUGCAUUGCCGGGAUCAACUCCAGAUGGUUGCAAAGUUAUAUUUAUAUACGCAAAACGCGAAGAGGCAGAAUUGUUUGUCUUAUCUGAUUUCAUUAAAGCACUCAGCAUGGUGAUCGAUAUGUUGCUAAUGACUUCAGGAACUUUCAACGGACUUAUAAUUAUUUAUGACAUGAAAGGUAUUAGUCUUAGUCACAUCGGUCGUCUUGGUAUCAAUAUGAUGAAAAAAUACGUGUAUUUCUUGCAAGAUGGGUUACCGGCUCGUCUUAAAGCUAUUCAUACAAUAAACACAGUUCCGUUUAUUGACAUGAUAACUAGUAUGACAAAACCUUUUAUGAAAAAAGAAUUAUCAGAGAAAUUGUACUAUCACUCGGCUGCAGAUUCCGAAACUAUAUUUGAUUAUAUACCUAAAGAAAUAAUGCCAAUUGAGAUCGGAGGAAGUGGACAAACCCUACAAAAUUUACACGAUGAUACAUUUGACAAAGUCAAAGAAAUGAGAGAAUGGUUCUUAGAAGAAGAAAAUUACAGAGUAGAUGAACAAAAACGUCCGGGUAAACCAAAAACGGAAAGUGACUAUUUUGGCGUCGAAGGUUCGUUUAAGACUUUAAAUUUGGAUUAAAAUAAAUUGUUUUUGUUUUGGGAUACAAAUUAUAUUUAUAUAGGAACAAUAGAAUACUUAUUAGUUAUAUUGUAAAAGUAUUUGUGUUUAUAGGUUGUUCACGAAAUAAUGUAUUAUAGUUACAUAAUAUAAUAUAUAAGUAUAUCUAUUGACUUCGAGUAAGCAUAAUAAUGUUAUCCAGAUUCCAGAUUAUCUCUUUUAUGACUAAACUAUAGUAAAUAAUAUAUUUCAAACACUUGUAUCUAUUAUUGGUAUCUAUAAGUAAUUUGUAUUUAUUUUUUGUUUGUUUGUUUGUUAUUUAUUUAUUCAUUUUUUAUAUCCAUGCAGUAUAGGGUCAUCUAUUUUUAUUUCUUUUUAUUAUUGAGCUAUAAAAAUUUAACAAUCCAUUAAAGAAUUAAAUUUAAUAAAAAUUAUAUAUUAUCAAUAAAGACAUCACGAGACACCAA